GCAGAGCCCCGAAGCCAGUCCUCGGCCGUGACCUUCGGGGACGUGCCCUAGGUGUGGUGUGGCCCUAGGGGAGGGCCAGCUCCGGGUGGGGAAGGGACGCCAGAUUCUUAGGGCCAGUAGGACAGCCCCACGCAGUAGGCUCUCUGGGGUCCGCGCGGCCGACGAAGGUGGGAGGUGGGACCCACCCGGCUCGGCUGCUGGGCCGCGGCCGCUUUAAGGCCCGGGGCCCGCCCCCCACGUCCCGGGGCGGGGUUUCCCUGAACACGCCCCCAGCGCCAGCUGAACCCCGGGUCUAACCACGCCCCCGGGCCGCGCGGGCGCUUCGGUGUGCGGGUGGGUGGCGAACUGCUUUUUGAACCCGGCGCGGGGGUUGCGGCGCGCGCUGAGGUCGGGAGCUGGAUCUACGUCCGGGGCUGGAUCGGGCCGAGAAGCCGACGCUCCCCGGCGUCCGCGUCCGGGUAUGGAGGCCGAGACGCGCGUGUCGCGUUGGUAUUUUGGGGGGCUGGCCUCGUGUGGGGCCGCCUGCUGCACGCACCCGCUGGACCUGCUCAAGGUGCACCUGCAGACGCAGCAGGAGGUGAAGCUGCGCAUGAUGGGCAUGGCGCUGCGGGUGGUGCGGUCCGACGGCGUCCUGGCGCUCUACAGCGGCCUCAGCGCCUCCCUGUGCAGACAGAUGACCUACUCCCUGACUCGGUUCGCCAUCUAUGAAACUGUGCGGGACCAGGUAGCCCAGGGCAGCCAGGGACCUCUGCCUUUCUACAAGAAGGUGUUGCUGGGCUCCAUCAGUGGCUGCAUUGGAGGCUUCGUGGGCACUCCUGCGGACAUGGUCAACGUCAGGAUGCAGAACGACGUGAAGCUACCCGCGAACCAACGUCGAAACUACGCCCACGCCCUGGAUGGCCUGUACCGUGUGGCCCGAGAAGAGGGUCUGAAGAAGCUGUUCUCGGGUGCGAGCAUGGCGUCCAGUCGAGGGGUGUUGGUCACCGUGGGCCAGCUGUCCUGCUACGACCAGGCCAAGCAACUGGUGCUCAGCACAGGGUACCUGUCUGACAGCAUUGUCACACACUUUGUGGCCAGCUUUAUCGCGGGUGGAUGUGCCACAUUCCUGUGCCAGCCCCUGGAUGUGCUGAAGACCCGCCUGAUGAACUCCAGGGGCGAGUAUCAGGGUGUUAUCCAUUGCGCCAUGGAGACUGCAAAGCUGGGGCCGCUAGCCUUUUACAAGGGCCUCUUGCCUGCUGGCAUCCGCCUCAUGCCCCACACCGUGCUCACGUUUGUGUUUCUGGAACAGCUUCGCAAACACUUUGGUAUCAAAGUGCCAUCCUGACGGGGCUGUGGGAGUGGGUUGAGCUGUGCCCAGUCCCCAGUGCCAGCUUCUUCCAGAGUCCAGAUGAGCUGAGUGCUGCCCUGAGCCCUGCACCUGCCCGCAGGGCUCCGGCCCCCCCUCACGCCUGGAUGGAGCUCCCUCCCGUGACCACAGCCCCCCCAAGCCCUGUAACUUCACCUCCACCCCCCACCUGACUCCUCUCCCCCAGCUCUCCCCGCCUGCUGUCCUGGCUGCCCUGCUCUGUGUGUUGACAACUCGCUUGGAGGGGAGGCGUCUGGGCCCCACUUUUGGGUUUCCUCCCCAGUAGGCAGUUAACACUGGAGGCAGGAGUGCGGGCCGCCCAGGCUUUCUGGGGUCCCCUGCCCCUUCUCUGGCCCCCAGGGUUUCCUCUCACUGAGCAGCUGCCUGAAGGCGGCUUCCAGCAGCACCGUCUUCCAGCAGCUCCCUCGAGGACCUGGGUGGCAGAGUAGGGGCACACACCCCCGCCAUCCCCCACCAAAGUGCGUGCAUGUGAACUUCUAUCCUAGGAGAGGGACCAUAGCUUUUCUGACAUUCUCAAAGGUAGCUGUGU